UCUACUGUCCGGCCUCAUUUCCCCUCCGACGGCCAAUCAGCGGUGCUGGGGCAGGCACGAAUGCCGCGGAGGGAAGACUGCGAGCCUCUGUUGCCAGAGCAACAGCCGGAGCAGGCCCCGGAAGCCGCCGAGUCUGCCGACGGUCCCCAAGUUUUCAGACUUCUCGGAUGAGGAAACAGACCUGCGGCCGGGAACAAAACCCCAGGGACAUGCCCCAGGCCGGCUCCGGGUUCGGCCACUGAACUCCAGGGCUUCCUUCCUGGGCCUCUGACAGCUGUCCACUCCCGGGGCCAUGGCCGAGGUCCAUGUCAUUGGUCAGAUCGUUGGGGCAACAGGUUUUUCUGAAGACAGCCUCUUCUGCAAGUGGGGUAUCCAUACAGGUGGGGCCUGGAAGCUGUUGUCAGGUGUUCGAGAAGGCCAGACCCAGGUGGACACUCCCCAGCUGGGCAGCAUGGCCUACUGGUCUCACCCGAUUGACCUGCACUUUGCCACCAAAGGCCUUCAGGGCUGGCCCCGGCUCCACCUGCAAGUGUGGUCUCAGGACGGCUUCGGCCGCUGCCAGCUGUCCGGCUACGGCUUCUCCCACGUGCCCAGCAGCCCCGGGAUCCACAGCCUCCACUGUGUGACAUGGCGCCCCUUGGGCGGCUGGCGAGAGCAGCUGGCCAGGGCCUUCGUGGGUGGUGGGCCCCAGCUGCUGCACAGCGAUGUGGUCUACACCGGCGCCGACCGCUACAGGCUCCACACGGCCGCAGGGGGCACCGUGCACCUGGAGCUGGCCGUGAUCCUGAGAAACUUUUCCCGUUAUGGGGUGGAGUGCUAAGCACCUGGGCGGGCUCCCAAGCUCGGUCUCAUUUCCUCCUGUCCCCUUCUCUGUCCGUCCGAGACUCCUGCCCUCAGCGGUCAAUCCGCACACUUCCUGAGCUCUCUCUGGGGGCCGGGCGCUGGGCUGAGGAAGCCCCGGGAGAUGCCAAGAAACCAAGAGGCUUUCCAGGGGUGUCCGUGUGAGUGGGGGUGACCUCAUGAAGGAAAUGCACAAAUUGUACAUCCAGGAGUCCUACAGAGAGCAGACAUCGCAGUCCCCCCCUCAUGUUAAAGGGAAACGGCCUCAGCCCCGAGUCUGGUCCUUUGGGGGGGGGGGUUGUCCAGGGACGGCACCUUGAGUGAUUGAACCCCAGUGUGUGAGUUAAAAGGAGCCUUUUUGACUCUC